AUGCUGGAUUCAUGUGCGGCAGAUGAAAUACUUGAUCUCGAGCCUGUUAGAACUGCAGAGGAACUAAAGCCAUUCGAAGAGAAGCUGCUUGGCAUUUUGAAUGACUUGCUUCAACCAGAUCCAAAACUUGAAGCUUCCGCCGCAGCCAAGAACAUCGACGAGCUCUUUCCUUCCAAUGACAACACCCCAACAGGGCCGGUUGAUGAGAAUGAUACCGCAGAAGAUCCCGAAACCUUCCUAUGGUCUCUGUGGGGCCUGAUCAUUCAGGUUAUGAGAUUAGUACCUCCUAACCAUCCAGGUCAAACACGCAUGAUUGCUUUCAUGGAGUCGUUGGGUCAGAUAACCUCCGGAACACUCAAUGUCUGGGGUAGUGACCAAGAGCUUUGGUCAGACUUUCCUAUUUUACGUCCUUGCUUGAGGGACCAUUUGGAGUAUAUCGGGGAACCCGACCCCGAUGGCAUUGCAGAGUGGAUCAAUCAAAACUCCUUCAUGGCCCGCCUCCUCGGAAAGGAUCUCCUGAACUGGGACACCUUGGUGAUCUGGAUGAUGAGAGACGCGCUAGAAGAGGAACCGCCCCAGGAACAGAUUGUUCUCGAUUGUUACAUCGCUGUGGUGGUUCAAUGGAUCACCCAUGCGGGAGAGACGAUUUUUAGCCAACUGAGCGACCAGGACUUGAGCGAACAGCAAAAGCGCGUGACGAAAGGCGGUUCGCUGUAUCAUGGCAAAGAUGGGCUAUGUCCUGAGAGGUGGGAAUUCUGGAGACAGCGAGCAGGGGAGGUCAGCAAGCUGGUGUCGAAAGACCUCCAGCCGAUUGCACUUGCCGCGGCCGAAAGAAUGAGUCAAAUUGAAAGAGCGCAGAAAGCAUGA